AUUUUGUUGUUACUCGUCUACGCUUCAAUCAGUCGUUUCUUGCAGUUUCAACGAGUCAGUCGUGUUUUUCAAACUAUCAAACUGGUUUCUUUGUGCACGCAAAUUAUUUAAUACAAUUGAAGUUGAAAGAUGAAGCUUUGACAAUAAAUUGUUAGUCGUUCGAUUGGUGUUUUGUUUAUGUCACACGCUUACGAUGUUUAAAAGAUAUGUAAUGAUUAAAAUUUACGUGAUGAUUUUAAUGACAUCUGUUCAUGAGAACAUUGAAACAAAUGGAUUAGCAAUUGCACCACCGUCAUGGUCAGAUCCCAAAGUGAAUCCAUGUGCAAGAAUGUUAAAUGCAUGGCAACAUCUCUACUACCCGCCACUUAAAGAAUGCUUCAAGAUCUUCACGUUAGGCUAUCCAUGCCCAGAUACAAUGGAGCUUAGUCCUAUUUUGAAUGGAUUAACUGGUCAUGGUGAAUGUAAAUGUCCACCGGGAACUGCACAAUUAAACACAACUUCAACUUGUUACAAAAUAUUCGAUCGUGGGCCAUGCGAGUUUGGAGAAUAUUUAAAUCCAUUGAAACAAGUGAAAGGCGUUAAGAACUCAUUUCGGUUAGGUGAAUGCAUGAGACUUAAGAGAUGUUCACCUGGAAUGGUUCAUUGGCCUGAGAAAGAUUCUUGUUUCAAGCUUUUCACACGUGGCCCAUGUGUCAACGGAAAGCUUUUAGUUAAUGAUGAAAAUUCAAUUCCAAAGUGCCAGUGCUCUGACUCGGGGCAACUUGCAAAAUAUUAUAACCGUGAAACAAAAACGUGCCAUUCACACUUCACUCAAGGUAUUUGUCAACCGGGAAAACUUUUUCUGCCUUCACAAAAAUGUGGCUGCGAUUCAAAUUUACCUCAUUUUCACAACGAAACGAAUCAAUGUUACGAGAUUGGAUCAUCUGGACCAUGUCCAAAUUAUGGAUAUGAAUUUACAAUCAGUGGUGAUGACAGACAAGCAUCUUGUAAAUGUAAGAAAGGAUAUGUCUUGAUGCAUGAUGGAUUAUGUUACAGACUUUACACGAAAGGUCCAUGCAAAGAUGGUCAUGUGAUUUCAGAUGUCAAGACCUGCAUACAAAAUCCUUGUCAGAAGAAUUUUCUUUAUUUUCCACACGAGAAGACGUGUUACAGAAUCGGAUCUCAAGGUCCAUGUCGACCAGAACAAGUUGUCGUGUUUGAUUUUACUGUGAAAGUUAGUCGCGAGGGAAUUUCUCACAAUGGAAUUUGUGGAUGUUCUGGGAUAAUUAAAAACCUUGAUCAAUCUUGUCUGAAAGAUGAAAGUUCACCAAAGACACUCUGUGAUCCGCCAUUAGUUGAGUUUCAAGGUAAAUGCCAUCAAUUGUAUUCCAAAGGUCCGUGUAAUGUCGGACAAUGGCUGGAGCCCACCAAAAAUCAUAGCAGUUCAAAGACCGUAAAGUGCCAGUGCAAGCCCGGUUACACGCCUUAUGACAGUGUCGAGACAGAAUAUGGAGUUAGCGGCUGUCAUGGUCCAUCAGUUCUUCUAGCCAGGUUUCUAAAUGGAAAUAAAACUUACAAAUUUGGAUUCCAGAAAUGGAAUCAUGUAGAAGAGAAAUCGCAUGAUGCAUGAUGAUUAGUGAUUUGAAUUGUUUUUAAAAUAAACUUUCAAAAGAAAUUGACAAUUAUUUUUUAUUCUUUAUUUUCAGAGUUUAUUACAAAAUCGUUGAACAAGUGACAACGUUGAUUGGAUAGAAAGAUUUUCAUACGGGAAUAAAGUUCUGAGUCAGAAUGAUAUUCGGUCAAUAGAAAAUUUAUGCUUGACACAUGCAAAGCUUUUUAAUUAAUGUUUACCUUCUAAAAAGUAAAUUAGUUUAGGUGUAGAUGGUUAUG